CCUUCUUUAGUGAACCCUAUCCUCUUUGCUAUAAGCUUGACAUUUACUGCCAAUUUUUGAGAGAAAUUCCGACCUUCUUAUUUUUCUAUUUAUCUUUAUCACUCCCACUUGUUAUUUAUUUUUAUUUUUUAUAUUGUUGCCGAAAAAUACAUUUUUUAAUAUUUAUAAUUAGUUAUCAGAUCAAAUGACUAUAACAAUAGAUAAAGUUCGAAUUAUUUUGGUUGGCGACUCAGGAGUCGGCAAAACAUGUCUCACCCAUUUGAUUGCAAGCGGAGAAAGUCUCAGUAGACCGGGAUGGACUGUUGGCUGCAGCAUUGAAGUUAAACUUCACGAAUACAAAGAAGGAACACCACAACAGAAACCAUUUUUCAUAGAACUAUUUGAUGUUGGAGGUUCGCUUAAUCACAAAAACUCUCGGGGAGUGUUUUAUGCUUCCGCUGAUGGUAUUAUUUUGGUGCACGAUUUAACUAAUCGCAAAAGUCACAGCAAUUUGCGUGAAUGGUUGUUUGAAAUACUUAGUAAAGAAGGAAAGGACAUAUAUAAACCAGUAACAAGCACCGUUGCUCAACGCUCUGAUGAGCAGAAUAAUUUUGAUCCGGAAGAGUUUAUUGGGGCAGCUCAGAUGCCGGUUCUUGUCAUGGGCACAAAACUGGACUUAGUCGAUGAGAAGAGGCAACCAAAAACAGUCCAGAAAGCUGGCGGCAUAGCUGAACAAUGCGGUGCUGAAGAAAUUUGGCUGAACUGUGAUGAUCCAAGAAGUAUAGCAGCUGGUACGACAGAUGCGGUGAAAUUAUCCAGGUUCUUCGAUCGAGUCAUCGAAAAGAAACUGCAAUCUCGUGAUAAUGGAUUUUAUGGAGGUGGCUCUGUCACAGAUCGACGCCGAUACAAUACUGCAGGUGCAACGCUAUAUAACAUAAAUAAUUAUUGAAAUAUUCAGAAGUUUUGAGUGUGCAUACAUUUUUAAAUAAAUUUGUAAACUAAAAAUAUUUUUUCAUGUAGAAUAUUCGCAGAAAAAUAAAAUUUAAAAAAUUAGACUGCUCAUAGUGAGAAUCAAA